UAGGAGCGAUGUGUGUGUGUGUGUGGGGGGGGGGGGUUUGUUUGCUCGCACAUAGAAUGCGGCUCCAGCUUCUGACGAUGAUUGAUGCCUGGGGGGAAAACACACGAGUUCUGUGGUUUUGGACGAUGAUGGAUGGUCCAUAAUUGCCAUCUUUCAUCGAUCGGUCCAGACCGUCAGACCACGUUGUCAGUUUCCGAUCCCCGAGAGGUGUUCGUCACAUUCAUCCAUUUGGGCAUACCGUUUCCUUUCUUCUUUUGCGCCGCCAAGCGCGCCGCGGAGUCAUCGACUGCACUCAUCGUCUCGUCGCCGAGCAGCCUGUCUCUAGUUUCUGCGCCCCGUACAUAUUCUAUGUGUGCCGUGCCACGUAGUUUGGGCUGGGCCGAUGCCUCGCCUUCAAUGUCGUCCACCACGCAGGAGCGGGACGCCUUUCAAGAGGUCGUACAAUCCCAACAAUCAGGCGCACCGAUGUUCCCUAAGAAAGGCUCGGUCCCGAACAUAGACGUCUCUAUUAUGUAG